GUAUGACACAUAACGUUGAAUCCGAUUCAGAACGCGCCAAAGAUGCCAACAGAUGUUUUCUAGGAGCUCGCAGUUUUGUCACGCGCUGACUGACAGACUGUUGUUUGCGACAGCAGAACUCGUGUGUGAGACUGAAAUGGGAGGAUUGGCGCUGCAUCUCGCUGAUGUGGGGAUCUGCAUUCUCAUGCUCGCUGUGACAGCAAGCCAUGCUAAUGAGGUGAACCACUGUACUGCUGCCGGGGCAAAAACCUGCUCAGAAUGUAUCCAGAUCGGCACAGGAUGUGCUUACUGCCCUGAUGAGAUAUUCGAGUAUGAGCGUUGUGACCUGAAGGAAAACUUGGAGGCUCGUAAAUGUAGUAGACAUAUGGUAACAAUUGAGAGCAGCAGUAAAACUUUAAAGAAUGUGACAAUUAAUAAGUCACUAACGUACUCUCAGGUGGCCCCUCAGCAAAUGAGUAUGACGCUUCUCCCCGGGGAAGAGAGGGAGGUGGAGAUGGAGGUGUUUGAACCAGCCCGUGGCCCUCUGGACCUCUACAUCCUCAUGGACUUCUCACAUUCUAUGUCUGAUGAUCUGGACAACUUGAAGAGGAUGGGAGACCAGCUGGCUGAGCUUGUUGGCAAAAUCUCUGACGAUUACACCAUCGGAUUUGGCAAGUUUGUGGACAAAGUCACCGAGCCUCAGACUGACAUGAGACCAGCUAAAUUAAAAGUGCCGUGGGCCAACGCUGACCCUCCGUUUUCAUUCCGUAAUGUCAUCACACUCACAAAAAACAUAGACACCUUUAGACAAAAGCUCCAGCAAGAGUGCAUAUCUGGCAACCUGGAUGCCCCCGAGGGGGGAUUUGAUGCCAUCUUACAGGCUGCUGUCUGCCAGGAACAAAUUGGCUGGAGGAAUGACAGCACCCACUUGCUUGUCUUCUCCACUGAAUCAGCCUUCCAUUAUGAGGCAGACGGUGCCAAUGUGCUCGCGGGCAUCUUGGAUCGUAACGAUGAGCAAUGCCAUCUUACUUCAGAUGGAAAUUACACACAUGAUACUCGUCAAGACUACCCAUCCAUACCCACCAUAGUGCGACUCCUGAUGAAACAUAACAUCAUCCCAAUCUUCGCCAUUACUAACCACUCCUAUUCAUACUACGAGAAACUCCAAGAAUACUUCCCUAUUGCUGAGCUAGGACGGUUACAAGAAGAUUCCUCCAACAUCUUGAGCAUUUUAAAAAAUGCUUUUGAAAAUAUUCGUUCCAAGAUCAGUAUCCGUGCAGAGGACAGACCAAAGGCAGUGAAAGUCAACAUACACUCUCAGUCUGGCACUUUUUCUGAAUCUGGCAAAUAUAAAAUCACACCAGGUGAAAUUGGUAAAUUUACAGUCAGUCUGAAGGCUCUUACUCAGGUGGGAGAGCAGCAUGUUUGUAAUGCCAACCAGGCUGACCGAGCUGGAGCCUUAAGAGUCAAACCAACCACAUUUAGCUCCGCCCUCAGAAUCAAGGCCGAAGUGCUCUGUCAUACAUGUGACUGCGAAAAGACUCCGGUUAAAAAUGCAGCGCGCUGUAACGGCCAAGGAGAUCUUGUCUGUGGGAAAUGCCAGUGUUCUGAUGGAUGGCAAGGCCCUUUCUGUAACUGUUCUGAGGUCUCCACGGACUCAGCCAAGUGCAUCGAACCUGGGAAGAACGAGUCUUGCUCGGGCAGAGGAGACUGCAUGUGUGGGACCUGUAUGUGCUAUAACCCAUUCCAGUUUGAAGGGCCCUUCUGCCAGUUUGACAAAUCUCAGUGCCAGAGAUUUGGUGGAUUUCUCUGUAAUGAACGUGGAAGCUGCAGUAUGGGCAGAUGUGUUUGUACACCGGGAUGGACUGGAGAUGCCUGUGAAUGUCUCAGCAGCAACAAAUUAUGUCUGGACAGCAAAGGGGGCAUCUGUAAUGGCCUUGGUGAAUGCAAAUGUGGUCGUUGUGAGUGUGCAAAAUCUGGAAUUCCACUGAGCCCCACUUGUGAAGCAAACUUCCAGCAACUAUUGGGUAUAUGUGAAGGCAAGAGGAGCUGCGUUCAGUGCCAGGCUUGGAACACCGGAGAGAGAAAAGGACGGAAAUGUAAUAACUGUCCCUUUAAAAUCAUCAUGGUGGAAGAGCUCGAAGACAAUAACAAAGUAAUAGAGACAUGCAGUUUCCGUGACGAAGAUGAUGACUGCACAUAUCACUACACUGUGAAUUAUCCAUUAAACAUCACAGACAAAGAACACCACGUCCUAGUAAAGAAAAAGAAAGAUUGUCCACCUGCAGGUUUACUGUGGUUGAUUCCUCUUAUUAUGUUUCUGAUGCUGUUGCUUGGUUUGCUUUUGCUCUGCUGCUGGAAAUACUGUACCUGUUGCCAGGCGUGUCUUGCUCUUCUCCCAUGCUGUGGCAGAGGUCGUAUUGUGGGAUUCACAGAAGACCACUAUAUGCUACGUCAGCCUUUGUUGACCACUGAUCAUUUGGACACCCCAAUGGUGCGCACCGGCCCACCCAAGAGCACAGACAUUGUUCGCUGGAAAGUGAUGGACAAUGUGCAUCGAGUACCAAACCACCCACAGAACCAAAUCAAACCCAACCCCAAAGAGAUCAUUCAGUACCCUAUCUCUCUUCGUCUGAACCGGCAAUAUUCAGAAACUCUUUCCAAAGAGUCUCGGGACACAGACAGGCUCAGGCAAGAAGUUGAGGACAACCUCAAUGAUGUGUUCCUGCAGAUCCCUGGCGCACAGAGAGUGCAAAAGUCUCUGUUCAGGACACAAAGAAAUUCUGGAAAGAGAAAGAACAACACAAUUGUAGACACAGUGUUAUCUGCCCCUCGCGCCAGUUACCCAGAUAUAGUGAAACUGACAGAUAAACAGGUUCAGGCUGGAAAUUUCCGGGACCUGAAAGUGGUUCCAGGCUACUACACUGUAGCUACUGACAGAGAAGCGGCAGGUGCUGUGGAGUUUCAAGAGGGUGUGGAGUCAGUGGAUGUCCGAAUUCCCCUCUUUUUGAAAGAUGAGGAUGAUGAAAAGAAGGAGCUGCUUGUUCAAGCCAUUGACGUUCCAGUUGGACUUGCGAAGAUUGGCAAAGAUCAUGUCAACAUCACUGUGAUUAAGGAACAUGCUAGAAGCAUCUUUACCUUCCUGCAGCCGUCAUACACCUACAGUCGUCAGGAUGGUGUGGCAAACAUCCCGAUCAGUCGUGAGAUCAUAGAGGAUGGAUGGACACAGGUCACAUACUGCACCAAUGACCUCACUGCCAAAGACAAGAAGGACUAUAUCUCAGUUGAUGGAGACUUGAUUUAUGGACCAGGGGAAACACAGAAGACUGUCCCAGUGAAACUCUUGGAGCUUGGCGAGGGAGAUGGACUGCUAGAGGACAAACAAGUCAAACAGUUUGUGAUGGAUCUGAGCAACCCACGGCAAGGUGCUAAACUGGGCCGCUACCCACGCUCCACUAUCACCAUCGCCGAUAAACCAGGGGAUGGGAAACUGGGUUUCCAGAAAAUAGAACAUAUGAAUCAGUCACCCACAUCUCCUGGAGGACGCCUCUACGUUCCAACCAACAUCAAGGCUGUUGCUUCCGGCCCUAAAAACAUCCGCCUGAACUGGAACCCCAGUGCAAAUGCCAGUGGUUACAAGGUGAAGUACUGGAUUUAUGGAGACCCUGAGGCUGAUGCUCAGGUGCUGGAUGUGAAGACUCCUCAAGCCGAGCUGACUAAUCUCUACCCAUACUGCGACUAUGAGAUGCGAGUAUGUGGCUACAAUGCACUCGGAGAGGGCAAUUACAGUGAUAUCAUUCAAUGCCAGUCUCUAGAGGAUGUACCUGGUGAACCUGGUCGCUUGGCUUUCAAUGUCAUCAGCCCAACUGUCACUCAGGUCAGCUGGGCAGAACCAGCAGAGACGAAUGGGUUCAUAACUUCAUAUGAGGUUAUCUACACACCUAUCGACGAGAACAAGAAACCUGUAGGACUUUCUAAGAAGGUAAUGAUUGACAACCCCAAAAAGCGCAUGCUGCUCAUUGAGAACCUGCAGCCUUCUCAGACCUACUGUUACAAAGUGCGUGCUCGCAAUAAGGUGGGCUGGGGCCCAUACAGAGACGCCACAAUCAACCUGGCUUCACAACCUACCAGACCCAUGUCAAUUCCCAUCAUUCCUGACAUUCCCAUUGUGGAUGCAGAAGCUGGAGAUGAAUAUGACAGCUAUCUGAUGUACAGUAAUGAAGUACUACGAUCCCCAACGGGUCGCCAGAGGCCUAGCAUCACAGAUAUGACUGAUGAUCAGUUUGGAAAUGGAAAGUGGGACCAGAGUUUCCUGUUACUAGGAGGAAGCGGUUCCCUUUCCCGCAAUGUCAGUUCCUCCUCAUCCACUUAUAGCCAUUCCACACCCCGUCUUGGUGUGAACAAUAACAGCAGCACCACAGCGUACAUUUCUGGCAAAGGAGGUUCAACGACACACAGAUAUGAUCUUAGGGAUGGUGGACUUCUCAAAGAAGAAGUGAUUCUGAGGAAGCGUUCUGUGAACAGGCAUUACACAGAAAGUGAUGGAACCAGAGAUUCUAUUGUCAUGGGAAACCUGUCUGCUGGAUUUCUGGACAACUUGGGGGUCUCUAGCUUCAGCCAGAGUACAACUGGCAGCUACAGCUUGAGCUCCAGAGCUCGUGCUCAGUCUGAAGAUAUCAACGAUGCACUGCAGAACCUGGAUGGUGUUCUUCAGGACUCUCGCUUCAACCCGGGUGUCCCUGAGACUCCCAGCAGACUGGUUUUCUCUGCCCUGGGGCCCACAGCCCUGAAAGUGAGCUGGCAGGAGCCCCACUGUGAGACCGAUGUACUGGGGUACUGCAUCCUUUACCAGCUUCUCAGUGGAGGUGAGGUAAAGCGUAUCGAGGUGAACAAUCCCACUCAGAACUCUGUGGUGGUUCAGGAUCUUCUGCCCAACCAAUCCUACAUGUUUAAAGUGAAGGCCCAGAGUCGAGAGGGCUGGAGUUUUCAGAGAGAGGGAGUCAUCACCAUUGAGUCUGCAGUCGACCCCAAGAGUCCACUGAGCCCAAUGCCAGGAUCUCCAUUCACUCUCAGCACUCCCAGCGCUCCGGGACCUUUGAUCUUCACAGCUUUGAGUCCAGACACACUGCAGCUGAGCUGGGAGAAACCCCGCAAACCCAACGGGGACAUCUUGGGCUAUGUGGUUACCUGUGAACAGCUGCAUGGUGGAGGAGAUCUUCGCUCCUUCCUGGUGAAUGGCAAUGCUGCAAAUUCUUUGACUGUGUCUGACCUGAAAGAAAACAUGCCGUACAAAUUCAAAGUUCAAGCCCAGACCACACAGGGCUUUGGACCGGAGCGAGAGGGCAUCAUCACCAUCGAAUCCCAAGAUGGGGGCUCCAUGUCACAGUACAACAGUCAUUCAGUCACAAAGAGAGAGGUGUUCAACCUACCAACAGAGAUUACUUCACACAACAUGUUCUCAGAACCUUUUGUGUCUCCAGAAGGUAUGAUGAUGAUGUCGAGCCGACCGAUCACAGAGUCGGGCGGCACUAUCACGCGGCAGAUGGAGAUGGUGCAACGAGGAGUGAUGUCCAGCAGCACCGUCACUAAGAAGGUGGAGAGACAGUACUAUUAAGCCUAAUCUAACUACAUUUUGCCUUCAGCUGAAACCACAUGGCAGAGCAGCUGUAUAAACACAUGCUCAAAUCAAACUAGAAAAAGUUCACAGACCAAUGUGCACAAUAUAUGAUGUUUAUGUGAGCAUGAGAACAGCAGAGUUCUUGGAUUCCUCGGAUUGUUGGACCAAAGUCUUGAUAUUUUGUUUAAUGUAAAGACUUAAACCUUUUAGUGUUAUCUCAUUGCUUCCAAACAGGUAUUGGUUUAAACUUUUGGCAUUAAAUCAUGUUUCAUGUAGUGUUUGCGAGGAAUGUUACUGAUGUUUGUGGCAUGGGAUACGGCUCUGUUGCUCAUUUGAGAUUAACUGCAUUCAUUUUGACGACGUUUGAAGUUGGCAGGGAUCAUAUCAUGAUAUUUAUCAUUGACAUUGCUUUCAAGUUUCAAGAUGUAUCAAGUUUUUUGAGCAUGUAGGUUUUCUUAAAUGCAUUUCACAUCAAAUAUGCCAUGUCUCUUGAUUUAGAGUGUAUACGUCAAC